AUGUUUAGGCCGCAAACUCUUGUUCAAUCCAAAGCGAUUGAGUCGGCAUCACUACAUGUCCCGCUUCCAAGGCGAUGGCAUUUGUAUGUCUGGCCAUUUGCUAGCAUGCUUUAUCCUGUUUUUCUUUAUGUUUACUACUUCAAAUAUGACAUCUACAUUGUUUCCGAGGAAUGGACUUUUGUAAUUCUUGGAAGUAUCAUUACCCUCCACGCCAUGACAUUCCUUGUUUGUCAAUGGAGUGUUUCCAUCAAGGCUCUAUUCACAUGCGUCCAGGAAAACGAUGUAAACAAGGCUACUGUUAUUAAACUUGUUCCCUUCAGAUACCAAGGAAUUGGUACUUUGUGUGAGCUACACCAUGGAAAGCCAAACUCUUUGGGUGGCGGCGAGAUUUCUUUUCAAUUCCAACAAAAGAAAUUCAUAUGGGAUCAAGACAAAAAGACCUUUAGAGAACUUGUUUAUCUUUCGGACCUUCACCCCCGUAUUGCAACCUAUCAAAAUCUCAAAGGUCUAGAUACUGAAAAAGCCAUUGUUCAGGCUACUGACACAUAUGGUCUCAAUAAAUUCGAAAUCCCUAUGCCAACCUUCUCUGAACUUUUUAAAGAGCACGCAGUCGCACCUUUCUUUGUUUUCCAGAUAUUUUGUGUUGGACUCUGGUGCCUAGAUGAGUACUGGUACUAUUCUCUCUUUACGCUGUUUAUGUUGGUUGUGUUUGAGUGCACAGUUGUGUUCCAGCGUAUAAAGACCAUUGGUGAAUUUCGCGGAAUGAACCAAAAGCCAUUUCCCGUUUAUGUGAAGCGCGAAAAGAAGUGGAUCCAGAUUCAAAGUGAUGACUUACUCCCGGGAGAUCUUGUAUCAAUUGUGCGAACAAAAGACGACCAGGGUGUUCCAUGUGAUUUAGUUAUUGCUGAUGGUUCAUGUAUCGUUAAUGAGGCAAUGCUAUCUGGAGAAUCUACUCCUCUUCUCAAGGAAUCUGUUGCUUUAAGAGAUCCCAAUGAUGAGUUUGACUUGAAAGACUUGGACAAGCUUCAUGUGCUUUAUGGAGGUACCAAGGUUCUUCAGGUUACUGCACCAGAAAACUCUGCACCCGAUCACGGCUGCCUUUGUAUUGUUGCCCGUACAGGCUUUGGCACUUCUCAGGGUGAUCUUGUCCGUACUAUGAUAUUUUCUACCGAACGUGUGUCUGCCAACAACUUUGAAGCUCUUCUCUUCAUCCUUUUUUUGCUUAUUUUUGCCAUUGCUGCAUCCGCCUAUGUUUGGACAAAGGGUGUCGAAAACAACAGAAAGAAGUCAAAAUUGCUUUUAGAUUGCAUUCUCAUCAUUACCUCUGUUGUUCCUCCCGAGCUUCCUAUGGAAUUGAGUUUGGCUGUCAACAGUAGUCUGGUUGCUUUGUCCAAGUUUGCUAUUUUCUGUACUGAGCCUUUCCGUAUUCCUUUUGCCGGAAGGGUUGAUGUAUGCUGCUUUGAUAAGACUGGUACCUUGACUGGUGAGGAUCUUGUUCUUGAAGGCGUAUCAUAUGCAAGCCCCAACAAAUCUCACACGGACUUGUCGGAUGGUAUUUCUGUACCUGACACUACCAAAUGGACUAUGGCUUCCGCUCAUGCUCUCGUGUUGCUUGAGGACGGUGUUGUUGGCGAUCCAAUGGAGAAGGAAACUGUAAAAGCUGUUGACUGGCAUCUUGGUAAACAUGAUGUCUUGACUCCUAAGGAAGUCAGAUCUGAUAGUCGCGAACGCAUCCAAAUCCGUCGUCGCUUCCAAUUUUCAUCUGCACUUAAACGUCAAUCCUCUGUAUCUACUCUGAUUCAUCCAAAUUUCUCCUCCCCUAAGACCUUUGUUGCCGUCAAGGGUGCCCCGGAAACUCUUAAAGAAAUGUACAAGGAUGCUCCUAAAGAUUAUGAAGACACAUAUCGCCAUUUUACUCGUAAGGGUAGCCGUGUUCUUGCUCUUGGAUACAAGUUCCUCAACGAUAAUGUUACUACUGAAAAGAUCAAGGAUCUUACUCGUGAAUCUGUUGAAAGUGAGCUUUCCUUUGCUGGGUUCAUUGUAUUUACUUGUCCUCUCAAGGAUGAUGCAAUUGAGGCUCUCCAGGAACUGAAUGAGUCCUCUCACCGCUGCAUAAUGAUCACUGGAGAUAAUCCAUUGACAGCCUGUGCUGUAGCUCGUCAGGUUGGAAUUGUUGAGCGCGAGGUUUUGAUUGUAGAAAAGGAUGAAAAAACGAAAGAUAACAACCUGGUCACAUUCCACUCCAUUGAUGACUCUUUCAAAAUCGAAAUUGAUGCCGAAACUCCAUUGGACCAGAAGUUGCUUGAUGAUUAUGAUGUUUGCUUGACCGGAGCUGCAAUGAACCUCUUUAUGGAUAAACCUAAUAUGAAGUUACUUUUGGAGCACACUUGGGUAUACGCUCGUGUAUCUCCUUCCCAAAAGGAAUAUUUACUGACAGGAUUGAAGGACCUCGGAUAUACCACCUUGAUGGCCGGUGAUGGAACCAAUGAUGUUGGUGCCUUGAAGCAGGCUCAUAUCGGGGUUGCUCUGUUGGAUGGUACUCCUGAAGAUCUGAAAAAGAUUGCCGAACGCCAGCGCAUUGAAAGAAUGAAGAACAUGUAUGAGCAACAAAAGCAGCUGUCUGCCCGGUUCAAUGCUCCCCCUCCCCCUCCCCCUCCUGCGAUUGCCCAUCUUUACCCAAAUGCACCCAGAAGCCAAGUUGUCACGGAAAAUAUGACACCUGCUCAAAGACGCCAAUUAGAACAAAAGCAAAAGGUAAAAAUAUACAUGAAGUCUCAUCAGAGUUUGCUAAUGGAAGAUAUGGACAUGGGAGAACCACCGAGUAUUAAGUUCGGUGAUGCUUCUGUUGCUGCACCCUUUACCUCCAAACUUCGUAAUGUUAUGGCCAUUAACAAUAUUAUUCGUCAGGGUCGUUGUACUCUGGUUGCUACGAUUCAGAUGUACAAGAUAUUGGCCCUAAACUGCUUGAUUUCUGCAUACAGCUUGUCUGUAUUAUACCUUGAUGGUAUCAAGUUUGGCGAUCUUCAGGUUACAAUAUCUGGCAUGUUGAUGGCUGUGUGCUUCUUGUGUAUCUCGCGUGGAAAGCCUCUUCAAAAGUUGUCCAAAGAGCGUCCCCAACCCAACAUCUUCAACCCAUACAUUAUUUUGUCCGUUCUCUGUCAGUUUGCUGUUCAUAUUGCAGCCUUGGUUUAUAUUAAUGCACUUGCAAAAACUUACGAACCACCAAAGGAAGUCGAUCUUGAAGGCGAAUUCGAACCUAGUCUGCUUAACAGUGGUGUUUACCUUAUCCAACUGUCCAUGCAGGUCUCCACGUUUGCAAUCAACUAUCAAGGACAUCCUUUCCGUGAGCGCAUUCAAGACAACAAGACUCUUUAUUAUGGUCUUCUUUCUGUAGGCGGCAUUGCUAUUGCUGGAGCCACCGAAUUCUUCCCUGAGGUCAACGAACAGCUUAAGUUGGUCAAGUUUCCCAGUGCUUUCCGUGAUAAGUUGACUAUGUGCAUGAUUCUUGAUUUUGGCCUUUCUUACUUAAUCGAAAUUGUCACCAAGCAUUUAUUUGCUGACAACCGCGCAAAGGCUAUUGCCACACGAGGCAGAAAGGAUACUAAAGUAUAA